UGGACUUCCUUUGUUGAUGGCAGAGUCAAGCUGAGAAUAGAUAACUCAUGUCUGCAGACUCCCAUGACAGUUCAUCAGAUGUUCAAGGAGAGCCUAGAAAAAUAUGGAUCCCUUAAUGCUUUGGCCAGCAAAAAGAAUGGAAAGUGGGAGAAGAUAACUUUUUCAGAGUAUUAUUGCCUCUCCAGGAAAGCAGCCAAGAGCUUCUUGAAGCUUGGUCUUCAACGAUUCCAUAGUGUAGCAAUCCUUGGAUUUAAUUCUCCAGAAUGGUUCAUCUCAGCUGUUGGAGCUGUUUUUGCCGGAGGAAUUGUCACAGGAAUAUAUACAACCAAUUCUCCAGAGGCCUGCCACUACAUUGCUUAUGACAGUAAAACCAAUAUCAUGGUUGUGGAAAAUCAGAAACAGUUGGACAAGAUAAUGCAGAUCUGGAAUCGCUUGCCACACUUGAAAGCUGUUGUGCUAUAUAAGGACUCCAUUCCAGACAGACAUCCCAAUUUGUAUACGAUGGAAGAGUUUCUGGAGUUGGGAGAUGACAUAUCUGAUACUACUUUGGAUGAUAUUAUUAACUCCCAAAAGCCAAAUCAAUGCUGUGUGCUAAUAUACACAUCCGGAACAACUGGGAAGCCAAAAGGAGCCAUGCUGAGUCAUGACAAUAUAACUUGGACAUCAGCACAUUGCAGCAGAGCAGGAGAUAUGCAACCUGCAGAGGUCCAGCAGGAGUCUAUAGUCAGUUAUCUUCCCCUCAGCCACAUUGCUGCACAGAUAUAUGACUUGUGGACUGGAAUCAAAUGGGGAGAGCAAGUUUACUUUGCUGAGCCAGAUGCUCUGAAGGGCAGCUUGAUCAAUACACUAAAAGAAGUGCAGCCAACAUCUCACAUGGGGGUUCCCCGAGUAUGGGAGAAGAUAAUGGAGAAAUUAAAGGAUGCUUGUGCUCAGUCAGGAUUUAUGAAGAAGAAAAUGCUGUCAUGGGCUAUGGCACUUAGCUUAGAGAGAAACCUAAAUUGGUCAGGCAGCAGUGGUUUAAAGCAGUUCUGGACAAAGUUAGCAGACUACUUAGUGCUAGCAAAAAUACGCAGAGCACUGGGUUUUUCUUCCUGUCAGAAGCACUUCUCUGGUGCUGCUCCUCUCAAUAUGGAAACACUGUAUUUUUUCUUGGGUCUGAACAUCACCCUCUAUGAGGCCUAUGGGAUGAGUGAGACCACAGGCCCGCACUGCCUAUCUGGGCCAUAUAUUUACAAGCAGCACAGUUGUGGUAAACCAGCACCUGGCUGCAGAGUGAAGUUGGUCGACAAAGAUGCAGAAGGCAAUGGAGAAAUCUGUUUCUGGGGAAGGACUGUUUUUAUGGGUUAUUUAAAUAUGGAAGACAAAACAAAAGAAGUCUUUGAUGAGGAUGGGUGGCUGCAUUCUGGAGAUUUAGGAAAACUAGACAAGGAUGGCUUUCUCUAUGUCACUGGAAGAAUUAAAGAUUUGAUUAUUACAGCUGGAGGUGAAAAUGUGCCUCCAAUUCCAAUUGAAGAUGCUGUUAAAAAAGAACUCCCAAUUGUCAGUAAUGCUAUGGUGAUUGGAGAUAAAAAGAAGUUUUUGUCAAUGCUGCUGACCCUAAAGAGCGUGCUGGACCCAGAUACGUCUGAUCCCACUGACAUUCUCACUGAGCAAGCCAGAGACUUCUGCCAGAAGGCUGGUAGUAAAGCCACUAAAGUAUCAGAGAUUGUAACUACAAGAGACCAGGCAAUAUACCAGGCCAUUCAGAACGGAAUCGACAAAGUCAACAUGAAUGCUACUAAUAGGGUUCAUUGUAUUAAAAAAUGGAUAGUCCUGCCAAGAGAUUUUUCCAUUUCUGGGGGAGAACUAGGUCCUACAAUGAAGUUAAAACGGCUUACCGUGCUUGAGAAAUACAGAAGUGAAGUAAACUCCUUCUAUGAAGAAUAAGAAGUCUUUCAUCCAAGCAUUAAGAAAGAUCUGUGAGCUUAUGGAAUUUAUUUCCUAAUCAAAAGCAUUAACAAAGAUUUAUACUUGUUUUGAUUUUGUAGUGUAUUGAACUGAACCACUAGAAAACUGCUGUGUCUAUUUAGUUGUUCCUGAUACUCAUCUCAUCGUUUGUCCUCUUUUUACAGAAGCAUCUACACAGUAUGUCCAUUUUCUAAUACUGUUUUCACUUUAUGACCU